AUGUUGGUUAUCCACCCAUCUACCACCAAUAAUUCAAAUUCAAACACCAGCAACAACAAUUCUCCUAUCACUCCACUAAACCUCGAUGUAAAAACGCUUACAAGCUUUGACUUAGAUAAAACAUUAGAGCAAGACAACGAAAAUGUGGUAACAAAGUUAUUUCAGCGAGUAAAGAAUUCGUUUAGUGCUGUCUCAACAGUCACAACGCCUCCUUCACGUCCACCCUCCGCUCUUUUACCAGACAAAGAAAAAAAAGGCUUCAUACAUGGCGGUGUAACACUUGCGCCGCCCAUCGUUUCAUUAGCGCCCGCAUUCGGUAACUCGCCAAAUUUAUUAAUCGAAUCAGAAAGAGGUGCGCAAGAAACCCAUGCGUUUCUUAAUAGCGAAUCUGGUGGUGGUGUGAAUGGAUAUGGAAUUCCUGAAAAUAUGGUUCAACGACGACCAGCUCUUUCCUCGCCCUUUUCUUCCUCUUUGACGUUAUAUGACGCACUCGCUCCGACAAAUAAUGGCAAUAGCAAUACACUACAUUCUUACAAGGACGUAUCUGACACAAAAUCUAUUAGGUCGUCGGUAAUCGGCCCGGUUUCUUCAGUAGGGAAUACUAAUUCUCUAAAGAAGGUUAUUCGAAGGCUGCGUGGUGAAGGACUUAAUCAGAUUUAUUGGAUGUCAGAUGAUAUAUGUCAGGAGUGUUAUGAUUGCCAGGCGACGUUUACCACGUUUCGUAGGAAGCAUCAUUGUCGUGCUUGCGGUCAAAUUUUUUGUAAGAAAUGUGCACAACAUCUUAUUCCUGGCGAGAAGUAUAAACUCGAUGGGCCUAUGCGAGUAUGUAAUUUUUGUAUGAAACUGAUGCAAGAAUACGGCGAUGAAUCAGAUAGCGAUCUGGAACACGCGUUAAAUCAAAGGCAUGAAUUCUCAACCGCUCCUCUUCCCAGACAAAUCCCUUCGUCAUCCUCGAUCCGUGGGAACAAUUAUUACCGGGCGCCAACGUCGACAAUAGACCACGGAUUUUCAUUAACACCGCCUGUUCCCCAUGUUCCGCAAAAUUGGCAACCGCGAGCACCAUCGCCCGACACACUUUCAAUAAAUGAUGGCAUUAAAAAAAUGUUUUCAGCUGGUUCUUCGUUGUUUGUUAGUCGCUCACGAUCAAAUACAAUCACCGAAGAACCAAUAAUAACCACUCUUUCUUCUUCUCCUGCUCCUUUUAGACGCAGUUUAACAGAAGCAGAUAAAACAACUCCCGCGGUCAAUCCUGAGGCUGUUCUCGAUCCUGAAAUUGCCCCGUUUAUGAGCGAUGAAGAUCAAGAGGAACAUUACGAUUCUUGGUCGAAUCCGUCAAAUGUGCUGAAUUUCUUGUCGGCCAUGCAUCCUAACGAUGGUGGUGGAGAAUCAGCGACACUGACGCCAGCCGUUUCCGAAUAUGCUGGUAGUGACGAUGAUUCAUGGGAUUAUAAUAUGAAGUCGCAAUCGAAAUUAAUUCAGAAAGGAGACAUUCGGCAUCAUUUUGGACGAGAGCGAGCAGCCAGUACUCGUCGUCGUAGUAUCAAUGGUGUUAGACCUCCAACUCGGCAUGCUAAAAGAGGAUAUAUGCGGCAAAUUAACACGUGCGUUGUCCAACCAGAAAUCUCUAUAAAUGGUUCGCCAAUAGAACGACCAUCUUCGCCAUUUUAUGCUCGUCAUCAUCGUUCAUCUUCUCAACCAAUUAAAAUCGAAAUUCAUCACAGCUUUUUAACACACAUGAAACGCUUAUUACGCCAAGCACUACAAGAAGCAGACAUCGAUUUAUCUGAAGGAUGGGAAGACGUAAUCAUGAAACUAAUGCAUAAAGUGUCCGAGAAUCUCAAUCCCGAUAUCAGGGGCGGUGAUGAAAUUGAUAUACGUCACUAUGUAAAAAUCAAAAAAAUUCCCGGCGGUACACCACGAGAUUCUCAAUACGUCACCGGUGUUGUCUGCACUAAAAAAUUGGCCGAUAAAAAAAUGGCACGUGCACUUACUAGUCCGCGUGUUUUAAUCUUAACGUUUCCGUUGGAGUAUCAACGAGUGGAAAACCAGUUCAUCUCCCUAGAACCAGUGAUAGCGCAAGAGAAAAAACAUUUAGAAAAUUUGAUACAACGCAUUGCUGAUCUUCGGCCAAAUAUAGUAUUAGUGGAAAAAACAGUCGCACGAAAAGCGCUAGAAUUUCUAAUAGAACAUAAAUUAACAGUUGCAUUAAAUGUCAAGACAUCAGUUAUUGAAGCGGUUGCUCGAUGUACACGCGCAGAUAUAUUGCCGUCGAUGGAUAAAUUUGGGUUGAAUCCAAAAUUAGGAAAAUGUGGUGAAUUUUACGUGAAAACAUUUGAGCAUCAAUUGAUUCCUGGUAGACGAAAGACAUACUUAUUUUUCGAGAAUUGCCCCAAAGAAUUGGGAUGUACUAUUGUUUUGCGAGGUGGUGAUAUUGAAACCCUUGAAAAAAUAAAGCAAGUCACCGAUUUGAUGGUGUUUGUUGUCUAUAAUUUGAAAUUGGAAAGUGCACUCAUGAAUAACCAAUCAGCAAGAGCUCCUUCGCAUCUUAUGGAUGACAUGUGUGAAGCAAAAACAAAUAAAAAUUAUAACGACUUUAAUGCUAUAGAAGAUAAAGUAUCCGAAGCUCUCCAUCGAUAUAAAACAAAAAUUCUUUCCGUUUCACCUUUUAUCAAAUUCCCCGCGCCUUAUUUAUUAGUAAAAAUGGCACAAACUGAACGUAAAUUGGCUGAGUUGACAUUGCGAAAAAAUCGUGGUCUAUCUUUAAUGAAUAAUACUAAUAUUAAUAGUGAAUAUAACGAAGAAAAUGAUAGUGAUGAAGAAUCGCAACCAUAUCCAACAAUGAACACUGCCGGUAUUGUUCGUAAGGCCGAACAAGUGAUUGCAGAUGUAGAAUUUGCUGAUAUUCUCAAUGAACGGGAUCAAUUAACUCGCACUUGGGAAAGUCAUAUUCUGAUGAAUAACGAUGUUAGCCCAUUUGCACACCAAAAUAUUGUUGUCUUGUAUUCGAAUGUUUGUACAGUAACGCAGGUCCCUUGUCAAGGACCAGAGAUUCAUAUAAUAGAGUAUUAUAGCGAAUCCGAUCGUACUCUGGGGCAAUACCUCGAGGAAAUGUGUUAUGAUUCCAGUUACCUCUGUCCAGCUAAAACAUGUGAUCGACCACUGCAGAUGCACUAUAAAAGUUAUUGUCAUGGAAAUGCCCGGAUAAGUGUUGUGAUUGAGCAGUAUGAUUGUCCUUGCCCUGGUAUGGAAAAAACAAUCCUCAUGUGGAGCUACUGCACAAAAUGUCAACGAGCAACCCCGAUGGUGCCAAUGUCGGAAAACACAUGGAAAUAUUCAUUUGGUAAAUAUCUUGAACAGUCAUUCUAUCAAACAGAACUUCGUCGUAUAGAGAACUGCCCACACGCAAUUUAUCGCGAUCAUACUCACCAUUUCUUCAGCCUACAAAAUCUCGCGGUUCGUUUUGAAUAUCAGCCUAUAGAUUUGAUGGAAGUGUCGGUACCACCGAUGAUUCUACGCACAAAGCCAGAAGUGACCAUUCGCUUGAAGGAUCAAGAUUACGAGACGUGUAAGUUAAAAAUUACAAAAUAUUGGGAAUCUGUUACAGAACGAAUAAAAACUUUCGAUUAUGGGAUUGUUCAGCCCGAGAAACUUGAAGUUUGUAAGCAAGAAUUGUACGACAUGUCGAGUAAAGUAUUCAGCGAGUCGAAAAACAUGCUUCAGCAACUUAAUCAGACAUACGUGAACAGCUCUCCUGAUGAUACUUUGGCAUUGAAUCAAGUUAGGGUAGAAUUACAUGAAAAAGUCGUACAAUGGGAUCAAUCUUUCAAUGAGUUUGCCAGACAAUACUUCCAGCCACGUAUGACAACUAGGCAACUGAAAAGAAUGAUUUUCGAUAAAGGUUAUCCUAUAAAAGAAUUGCCUUUAUCGAGUUUAGAAGAGAUUUUCUCGGAAAAUAAACCGCAAAUUGAAUCACAUGAACUAAAUGCAGUAAAUGAAAAAGAAAAGGAACUUUCUCGAACAGAUAUUGAAAAAGAAAAAGAACCGGAAAAAGCCACUUCUCUAAAUAUUACUAAUAUAAUAGACCCAAAGCAUCCACAGAAACCCAAAUUAUCUCAACGAACUGUUUCUGAAUCUAAAAUAUACUCCAAUAUGAAUAAUAACCGAAAUCAACAACAAUCUGAAUUCAUUAAAGAAGAAAUUAACAAGUCAGCUCCAAAUUCUUCUAAAAGAAAGCCUUCUUUGAAUAAGUCUACAGAUGAUGGCGAUACCACAAAGAUUAAUUCUGUAGAAAAUAAUCGAACCGCUGAUUUGUCCGUCGAUAAUUCCAGGGAAAUUUUGUCUUCAGCAGCAGCACCAACAAAUGAUGGUCUCGUGUCGGACUCAAAUCCACGUGUUAGUGUUCUGACCCGUGGUUUGGAAAAAGCAAAAAGGGAAAAUACACAGGAACGUCCUGCGAGUAAAGGAAAAAAAAUCAAGAAAAGUGAAUCUGAAUCAUCUUCUGAAAGGCCUUCAAAUUCUCGUCAAAAUGGAAGAUCUGCGCGUAUCGACAGUAAAUCACGAAUACAAGAUUCUCGUAGAUCUCCUGCUCGUGCAUUUGGCAGUAAAUUUGCAGCGAUAAAUAAUAAAUUAAAAGGCGGCCGACAUCAUUCUAAACCGACACUCGAAGUUUUUAGCAAUGUUAAAGAAGCAGUGAAAGAAGAAUCCGAUGACGAAUAUGAAGAAGACGAGAACGAAAAAGAUGAACUUUCCAAUGGAUUACCUAUCCCUAUGAAUAAAACAGAAACUUACGACCAAACGGAAGUUAAACCUGAAUAUCCAUCAAUAGGUCAUGAACCUUCCGACGAAGCUUUUGUCUUUCAUUCGGCAAUUCAAUAUUUGCCUCAAGAUGAUGAAAUUUCACCGCCUGAAUCUUCAUCAAGGGAUCCUGGAAGCUUAAAAGAAAUACUUCCCCCAAUAGUAAGAUCCUUGACUAAUCUAUGGGCAGAGCGAACUGUUGCUAAUCUCAAACCUUUGGAAUAUCCUUCGCUUUCGACAGAGCAUGUUUUUGCCGAUUCUAAUAUAAUUGUUCGGGAAGAUGAACCAAGUUCUAUAAUAGCAUUUACACUUAGUUCAAAAGACUAUCUCAACAAACUGCAACUCGAACAACAAACACAUCCAUCCGCAACGGUUACCGAAGUUUUCGUACCUGAAAACGAAGGUCAUCCUGGAACUAAUGGCUCUAAUUGGGAUAUGGUUGAUAUGGACGAGGGUCCAGAAAAUAUCAAGGAUGCAUUGCUUCGGGAAACUGGAAUGCACAUGAAAUAUCAAUUUUCUGAAGGUUCUAGCCAGUUAUUUUGUAAGAUAUUUUUUGCAGAACAAUUUGAUGCCCUUAGACGUAAUUGCGGAUGCGAAAGCACAUACAUACAAUCAUUAGCGAGAUGUGUAAAAUGGGAUUCGACUGGGGGAAAGUCUGGAUCAGCGUUUCUUAAAACAAGAGAUGACCGUUUAGUUAUGAAACAAAUGUCUCGUUUGGAAAUGGACGCAUUCUCAAAAUUUGCUCCAGCAUAUUUCGAAUACAUGUCAAAAGCAUUUUUCCACGAGCUUCCUACUGUGCUGGCUAAAAUUUUCGGGUUCUAUCGAAUUGGAUAUAAGAAUGAGCAAGACGGGAAAAAUAUGAAGAUUGAUGUUAUCGUCAUGGAGAAUUUGUUUUAUGAGCGUAAAAUUUCAAAGAUUUUCGAUCUCAAAGGAUCAAUGAGAAAUCGCCAUGUUCGAAGUACAGGCAAAGAAAAUGAGGUUUUAUUAGACGAAAAUUUACUUGAACUUCUCCAUGAUAAACCUUUGUACCUCCGGGAACAUUCGAAAAGAAUUCUCCGUGCCUCGUUAUGGAAUGACACGCUGUUCCUCGGGAAACUGAAUGUCAUGGACUACUCGUUAUUGGUGGGAAUUGACGAGGGUAAACAGGAAUUGGUUGUUGGUAUCGUAGAUUUCAUACGCACUUUUACAUGGGAUAAAAAGCUUGAAAGCUGGGUGAAAGAAACGGGAAUUCUUGGUGGUGGCGGUAAAGAGCCGACUAUCGUUUCUCCGCGUCAAUAUAAACAUCGGUUUAGAGAAGCAAUGGAUCGUUAUUUCUUGAUGGUGCCUGAUAUUUGGAGCACACAUCGAAAAACACGACCUGGUCCUAUUCAACAGCCGAAAGAUUAA